AUGACCCAAGUCCUGAAACAGAAGGACUCUGAACUGACCAACUUCAAGGUCGCGGCUGGCACGCUCGAUGCCAGCGCGAAGAUUUACGCCGUGCGCGUGGAUGCGGUCCAUGCGGAUACGUACAAAGUUCUCGGAGGCUUGGGCAAGGACUUGGCACCUACGAAAAACGUGGACAGCCCAAAAGGAGAAGACAAUCCAGCUCCUGAGGCUGUCGGGAAAGUUCAGACAAAGAAAAAAACCUCCUUCAAAACCAUCGAGCAGAACCUGAAUAACAUCAACGUGUCGGAGGCUAACCGCCGGUGUGAGAUUGAUCCCAUGUUCCAGAAAACAGUCGCGUCUUUUGAUGAGUGCAGCACAGCUGGCAUUUUCCUCACCACGCUGCAUACCCAAAGCUGCCACAGCGAGCUCCUUUUUGACUCCAAGAUCGUGCCUCUCCCUUCUUCAGAGACACUCGCGCUGCCGAACUCUGAUCCUGUGGAAGUGAUGGAUUUAAAGCCCCUGUUAGCGCAGUGCAUUGAAAAACGCCCCAUCUGCUCUUCGCUGGCUGGUUUCCAGUUUACAGAGUGGGAUGCCGAAUCCCACGGUGAGUCAGUGUCAGCCCUGUUGGACAAAUUUAAGAAGAGCGACCAAGUGUUUGACAUCGACGCGGAGAUCGACAGCGAUGGGGAAGACUGUGUUCCCACCCUGCCCGAUGACGACUUCCAUUGUGACUCUCCCGGGAAUACAGCAGCAGACAAGAUUGGGGAAUUCACAGAAAACCUCACCUCCUUCGGAACAGUCCACCAGAGCGAGAGAAUCGACGAGGUUCCUCUCGGAGAGGGAGACAUCGGGACCUUGUGCCUUCACCUCUCCAUGAAACCGGGCGAAUACUCCUACUUCAGUCCCCGCACUCUGUCAAUGUGGGCUGGCCCGGAGCACUGGCGUUUCAGACCUCGACACAAAUCAGAAGCUGACUCUGGAAAAGAGACCAAGAAAAGGAAUGCAAAGAAAGCGUUUGAAGUGAACUUUGAUGAGGAUGUUGACUUUGAGGUGCAUUUCCGUAAGACCAAGGCAUCUGUAACUCUAGCCAAAUCCAUUCUGGAAAGCCAGAAUGUGAAGAGCACCACACUUCCCACAGACUUCAACUAUGACCCUGCCAACAUUCUCCAGCUGUUCCUCAAACCAGCUGUCAAGUUCUACAGGACGUCUGAGCCACGCAGCUCCUUGGAUCACGAAGAUGAGAUCGGCGAGUACGAUUACAACAACCCCAACGACACCUCCAAUUUCUGCCCUGCGCUGCAGGCUGCCGACAGCGAUGACGACAACGACCCCGUUCAACUCGUGGGCCAGACAGGGGAGUUCAACCUUACCGCCCACCCUGAGGGUCGAGACCCCGAGCUCCACGGGGUCAUCGAUGAUGUCAAUAUCACAACGUAUGGCGAGCUGAACCUCAUUGCUGAGCCCCAGAAGGUCAAUAAGAUCGUGAUUCAGUAUGCAAAGACAGCCAAGAAAAUGGACAUGAAGAGGUUGAAGAAAAACAUGUGGGACCUCUUGACUGAUGAUGGACAGAAGAAAGAAACAGUGGCAGAGAUGGAAGAUGCAGAGAAAGCGGAGGACACUUCAGUGGUAGCAGGAGAGAAGGUCUUCAGCAGCAUCACAAAGGAACUGCUUCACAGGCUGCCUUCUGUGAUGGCUACCAACCUCUCUGUCCCCUUAGCCUUCGCCUGCCUCUUGCAUUUGGCCAACGAGAAGAAUCUGAAGCUGGAGGGCACAGAGGACCUGUCUGAUGUCCUCGUGAAACAAGGCGACUGA